GUGAUUUAAUGAUGAAGUAAUACGUGAUAGGAAAGGAGUCUUUUGAGCCUGGCAUGUCACGGAUCGGGUAGGUCUUUAAGGGCGGUGCUCCCUUCUUGCAAAACAAACUCGAACUUCUUAGCCUGUACUCCACUGGCAGGCCAGUCGGUGCACGCACAAUGUGAAUGAACAGUGAAGUGAAUCACUGGCUGUGGCUGAGGGACUGGGAGGAUAUAAACCCUGAGGCGACGCCAGUGAGCCGAAGGUUGCGCCAGUUGUCUCCCCCCAUUAGUUCCUCCUGCUGUCUGACGACUGUAGACGUGUUACACUCUCUCCUCAACAUGGAUGUGCUGGGACUCGUCGAUGUUCCUGUGUGGCUGAUGUUGCUCAUCAUGCUAGUGCUGACACUCUAUGUGUACGCGACAUGGAACCACGGCUUGUUUACGAGUCUGGGAAUACCUGGUCCCAAACCUCUACCAUUCUUGGGAAAUGCAAGGGACAUCAACAAAAAGGGUUUUAUUGAUGCUUUAACAGAUUGGAGAAAACAAUUUGGCCACGUGUAUGGAACCUUCUUCGUACUCAAGCCCAUGGUUGUCGUCAGUGAUCUUGACAUACUGAAAGAAAUACUGGUCAAGGACUUCAACAAUUUUGCGGACAGAUUCAUUUUAGCUAACAUCCUCCCGGCCAUAGUAACCAAGGGACUAUUUUUCACCGGAGGUUCAGCGUGGAAGCGUCUUCGUAGGCUGAUGACACCUACGUUCACUGCCGGCAAGUUAAAGAAUAUGAGUCACUUCAUGGACCGAUGUGCUAAUAUUCUGAAGGACAAUCUCCAGGACAAAACAAGGCGCCAAGAAGUGAUUGACAUCAAGGAUGUCUUUGGCGCCUUCACCAUGGACGUGGUUGCGGGGACGGCAUUCGGACUGGAGACCAACUCCCAGACACAACCUGCCGAGCCUUUCAUCCAGAGUUGUAAGAUCAUGUUCUACAAAAUGUCAGGAAGCGGAAACAGAUGGCUCACAAUCGCAGCGAUGUUCCCGUUCCUGAGUCCACUCAUAAUGGCAAUGGGCAAAGGUGUAUUAUCGGGCAAAGAGUCUGACUUUCUCGUCCACGCCGUGUACAGGAUGGUCGACGAAAGACGACAAGCAAUAGAUGACGAAAAGCGCACAGACUUCCUACAGCUGCUAGUGAAUGCCAAAGACAAUGGGUUGGACGUCGAUGAAAAACGUAUGUCGAGAGAGGAGGUUGCGGGUCAAGGCUUUAUCAUCCUGAUCGCCGGGUACGAGACAACGGCCACCACCCUGCAGUACCUGACCUACAACCUGGCCAUGAACCAGGACGUUCAGCAGCGAGUGUACGAGGAGAUGAGAGACGAGCUGGGCGAUGAGGACCCGACCUACGACAACGUGGGCAGACUGAAGUACCUGGACAACGUCAUCCACGAGACACUCCGGGUCUUUCCGCCUGUGUCAUUUAUCACCAGACAAGCAUUGAAGUCAAGAACUAUCAAAGGAGUGACCAUUCCCGCCGGCAUGGGAGUGGCUAUCCCCAUCUACAGCAUCAUGCACGACCCAGACUACUUCGACGACCCGGAGAAAUUCUGGCCUGAAAGGUUUAGCGAGGCAGAGAGCUCCAAGCUACCUAGCAUCCUCUCGGAGCUGGCCUUUGGCUACGGUCCACGUCAGUGUAUCGGCAUGCGUCUGGCGCUUCUAGAAAUCAAGUUUGCUGCUGUGCGCAUGCUUCGUCAUUUCCGGUUUCUUCCGUGCGAGGACACGCCGGACAAGAUCGAUUUUGUGACAACUGGAAUCACUGCACCCAAGAAACCUCUCAAGCUCAGAACAGAACUUCGUGUGUGACGUCAGAAGGUCUCAUGAAGCUGGAACCGUGCCUGGGAUGAACUGUCUGUCUCACACUAUCGCACGAUUUCAACUGUAUUUGUUGUCCUUUAUAUAUAAUCUUUGUCUCUUUACCCAAUAUAUCUCGAAUAUAGUGAGUAUAAUAAAUUACUGAAUUAAUGUAAUAAAGAGCGAUGUGAACCAAGAUUUCAAAGAAUUGUCAAGUUGAAGUCAUUUGACUAAAGCUUUUAGAUCCUCAAAGACAAAGCCCAACUGGUUACAGCUGACAUCAUAUGAAAAUGUCCUUUUGCGUUGCUUAACAAAACAGUUGCUCAAGAAAUAAAACUAAUGUGGAAUGGGGAACUUGUUUCCUGCAUUAAUUUCUUAAAGACAUUAUAUAGGGCUUUUUUGCUGAGUAAGGUAUUAUAAAAAAAAUAAGAGGACAAAUAUGUCUAAUAUAUAAAUGAUUUGUACCAACAGUAUCUCAAAGCUAAAAUUGCAUCAUAUAACUCGUGGUGAACUUUCAAAUUAACUUUUGACGAAUGUACAGUUGUUCUGUGGUAUUAGAUGGGCUCCACAAAAUAAUAUUUUGUAUAUAUAUAUAUGAAAUUGGGAUUAAUCACAUGGUUAUAGAAAACAAAGUAAAACAUGACAAUAUAAAGAGACUAUAUCUUCCAUCUAAUUGUUAAAACAAAUGAAUCCCUUUUUUCCCUCUAAAUUUUACUUUCUGCAAUAGGAGAAGUAUUCAAAUACUUUUGAGCAUCCAGGCGUCAGGACUGACUAACGUUCCGUUUUUGUGAACCUUCCAUCUUUCUUCAUUCCCAAACAAAAAUGGUUGUUGGCAAGCAACACACACAUGACGAAACAAUAAAAGUUAAUUUAAAAGAAGAUACUAAUUUCAUUAUGUGUUACUGCUAGCAUAAACUAGAUAAACACAAUUAUGAAACAUCCUUUUUGUUCUGCA